CUUAUACUUUUUAGGACUCCUAAUAUUGACCGCCUCUGCAAAGAAGGUGUAAAACUCACUCAGCAUAUUUCUGCAGAGGCGAUGUGUAGCCCCAGCAGAUCAGCCUUUCUCACAGGCAGAUACCCAGUCCGCACAGGGAUGGUGUCUAGAGAUGUCUCCCGUAAACGUUAUGUCUUCUCCUCACUUGGGGUCAAAGGAGGGCUUCCUCUGAAUGAAACUACAUUUGCAGCUACCCUAAAAAGGCAAGGUUAUAGCACAGCACUAAUAGGUAAAUGGCAUCAAGGUUUAAACUGUAAAUCCCGAAAUGACUACUGCCAUCAUCCUAAUCACUAUGGGUUUGACUAUUACUAUGGCAUGCCACACACACUCACUAGCUCCUGUUGGCCAGAUCCUUCCCGUCCCACUGAAUUAGCCAUAGAAAGUAAACUUUGGUUCGGCAUGGAGCUAAUCAUCAUUGCUGUGCUUACACUGACUGUGGGAAAAUUAAUUGGGUUGGUCUCCAUAUCCUGGUGGUUUAUUAUUGGCAUUAUCUUAUUUGGCUUCUAUUUGGCCUUUUCUUGGUUCUCCAGUCUUCAGAUACCUAUAUAUUGGAAAUGUAUUCUCAUGAGGCAACAAGAAAUUACAGAGCAACCUAUGAAGGCAGAAAGAACUGGCUCAAUUAUGCUGAAGGAGGCAGUUUCUUUUAUUGAAAGAAACAAAGACAGACCUUUCCUCCUAUUUUAUUCUUUUUUACAUGUCCAUAUACCUCUUCCCACAACAAAUGAGUUUUUUGGAAGAAGCAAGCAUCGUCUUUAUGGAGACAAUGUAGAAGAGAUGGAUUUUUUUUCUCUUCCUGUUCCUAAGGCCCCCGAGAUGACUGGUAAUACUUCCUGGAGAAUAGCCUCAUGUAUACUAAUCAAGGCUUUUGAGGCAUCUGUCUUGAGUGAUUUUCAGAGACCAUUAGCAAAAUGA